AUGGAUGUAAACGAAGAUGAAAACGCUACAAAUCCGACUCCAAACAUCGACCCAAACUCUCUCUCGAAGUCUGAAUCUCGUCCUACCGAACCGGGGACUUCAGAAGACGUACAGGUACGAGAAAGUCGAGAAUUAGCUGAAGCCUUAUCGCAAAAUAAUGAAAAUAUCGAGAAUAUAACUCCGAACGGGACUAUAAACCCACAUUUAACCGAUAAUAACAAGAAUGUCGAGACGCACAGUCGUCCUAAAAGGACAGUAAAGCCAUCAAGAAAGUCCAUAGAGAAUAGAAUCCAAUCGGACACGAAUAAACUAGAUAAACUAUGGCGAAAUAUAACACAAUCUGUAUCCAAAUUGCAAAACACACCCGACUCCUUGGAUGAAAUUAAAUUCCAUACCUCAGAAGUACGUUCGCGAUUCCACGAAUACCAAACGGUAUCUCAAGGCCUUAUAGAAUUCCUCUUAGCUCUAAACGACUCCAACUAUCAAGAGGACUAUGAAACAAAUCGCAGAUUAUUAGAAAACCGCCAACACUAUGUUCAAGCUAACAUAAAUGAAGCCAACGAACGUAAAACCCAACUACUCCUCGAAAUCGGCUCAUUCAAACGCUCACGCAGCUCUCGUGGUUCAACUAUGUCUUCUACGACCGCUAGAGCACUCGCUAGAGCCGAAGCUUCGGCAGCAGUGAAAAAGGCUCAAAUCCAAAAAAUACGGUCAGAACGCGAGUCUCAAUCUGCAUUAGAACUGCAAAGGCAAGAACUCGCUUUGAAUCAAAGGAAACUAGAAGAAAAGGCUAGAAUGGAAACGCUACGCUUAGAAGAAGAAGCUGAAAUCGCAGUGACAAAAGCUCAAGCAAUAGAUCAAGAACUCAAUUUAGGAGAACCUGAACAAAUAGAUCUGCCUGAGGAAGACCCUAGCGAAAGAACCCACCGCUAUGUCCACUCACAAACGGUCGAAGGACAAAACCUCCAACUUAAUAUGAGCAACGACACCCAUCAUGGCGAAAAGGAACUGCCUACCUUGAAUCCAUCAGCAAAUGUAUUUGCCCCUCAGCACCCUAGCCGUACACCAGACCCAGUGCACGACCCUAUCAACCCCUACAUUCAAUUCAUCGCUCGUCGCGAACUAAUAGCAAACAAACUAAAAAAGUUUGACAACAACCCACAAAAUUACUGCACUUGGCGAGAAUCCUUUAAAACAAUGAUACGCGGCGUCAACAUCUCUCCCAGUGAACAACUCAAUCUCAUAAUAGAACAUACAACCGGUGAAUCAAAUACACUUGCCCAACGUAUUCGCAAUGCCUACAUACAAAAGCCUGCGGAAGGUGUUUCAGUUCUAUGGCAGAAACUCAAUCAGAGGUUUGGAUCUAGUUCAGUCGUAACGCAAGUCCAUUUGAAGAAACUAAGCGAAUUCCCGAAAGUAGGAUUCGCGACAAUAAGAAAACUCCAAGAACUUGGCGAUUUGCUGCUAGAACUCCAAUGUGCUAAAUCAGACGGCGGAUGUCCGGGACUCAAGAUCCUAGAUGAGCCGAUAUACAUCAAGCCAAUCAUCGCAAAGCUACCAGGAGACAUCCAAGGGAGAUGGCAAAGAUACGCAUACCGAUACUUAAAAGAACAUGCAGCAAUGGACUACCCACCGUUCAUAGAAUUCUCCACGUUUAUCCAGGAACUCUCGUUAGAAAGAAACAACCCCAACCUAAUCAUCGAUUUGCCUGAACGUGAUCCAGGCUUGAGAAGUCGAUCAAGAGAGGUUAUCAGCACCAAGAGAACGGAAGUGAAAACCCCACCUCGUGACCCAUCCAACUGGUGUCUUGUGCAUCAAAAGCCGCACCCACUACGGAAAUGCAGAGCCUUUUUGGCCAAACCCCUAGCAGAGAAAACAAAGAUAGUGAAGGAAAACGGUGUUUGCUUUCGAUGCCUUGCCUCCUGCGAACAUUGUGCCAAAGAUUGCCAAACAAAGGUUACCUGUACAGAGUGCGACAGUGACAAGCAUCUGGCCGCACUGCAUAGCGAAGCCCAUCCGAAGAACGGCGGGGAGCUCCCGCCGAAAUCAAACGAAACAAAAGAAGACACCCAUGAAGAAAUAACCACGAAAUGUACUGAACUUUGUGGUAAUACUCGCGGUGGAAAGUCUUGUUCUAAGAUAUGUUUAGCCAACGUCUAUCUACAUGGGAAUCCUGGACACAAGCUAAAGGCGUAUGUGGUCAUAGAUGAUCAAAGUAACAGUUCCCUCGCAAAGCCUGAACUCUUUGAUGUACUAAACGUCCACGGACAGACAACCACUUACUCACUGAAAACAUGUGGUGGAACCAGCGAGAUCGAAGGAAGAUGCACCAAAGACUUGGUCGUAGAAUCCCUUGAUGGAAAAACAGGAUAUAAAAUACCUAACGUUUACGAGUGUAACGAUAUACCAGACUCACGAGACGAAAUACCUACCCCAAAGGUGGCUGCCGCAUACCCACAUCUGCAGCGCAUCUCAAAGGAAAUGCCCGACAUAUGUAACGAUGCUAACAUUCUCCUGCUUAUCGGACGUAACGUUCCACCUUUGCACAAAGUCCACAAGUCUCUAAAUGGUCCCAAAAACGCACCUUGGGCCCAGCUUCUUGACCUUGGAUGGGUAAUUGUUGGCAACGUCUGCCUGAAUGGAGCCCACAAGCCCGAUCUUGCCUGCUAUAGAUCCAACAUCCUAGAAAACGGACGUCCUUCAAACCUAGAACCUUGCCCAAAUUUCUUUCGUACAGCCCCAAGUCUCCACUCGACGCGAAAGGAAGAAUUCCGAAACGGCUAUUUUGACGACAACAUCGGCUGGAACGUAUUCAACACCUCGAAAGACGACAAUAAGCCAGGACAGUCCAUCGAAGAUCUGAAAUUUGCGUCAAUCAUGGAAGCCCAAAUGACAAAGAAUGCUCAAGGAAACUGGGAAGCACCACUGCCCUUUCGAAAUCCUGCGGCGAAACUCCCUGACAACCGACAGGACACUCUUAAACGCUUUAACAACACCAGAAAGAUGUUACAGAGAAAGCCCGACAUGGAAAAACAUUAUCAUGAAUUCAUGGGAAAGCUUCUUGAAAAAGGCCAUGCCGAACCAGUCCCCGACGAAUGCCUUAAUUCCAACGCUGCACGGUGGUAUCUCCCUCAUUUCGGCGUGUAUCACCCUCGUAAGCCAGGAAAAAUCCGUGUAGUCUUUGAUUCGGCCGCAGAGACUAGUGGAAUUUCCCUAAACAAGAUGUUGUUAUCCGGCCCAGAUCUCACGAACAGUCUGAUAGGAAUUCUCUUACGCUUUCGCACCGGUCCAGUCGCCUUCACAGUCGAUAUCGAACAAAUGUUUCACGCGUUUUUUGUCAACGCCCGACACAGAGACUUCCUAAGAUUCUUCUGGUACAAAGAGAACGACCCGUGCAAAGAAGUGAUCGAAUACCGUAUGAAAGUGCAUCUUUUUGGCAACACCUCCUCACCAGCCGUUGCCACCACUGCGCUGAGAUUAACCGCACACACCGAAGAACGUAACUACGGGACGGACGCUAGGGAAUUCGUGGAACGUGACUUCUACGUAGACGAUGGCCUAAAGUCGACAUCCAACUGUGAAGAAGCGAUCAGCCUGCUAAAACGCACACAACAAAUGCUCGCCACCGCUAACCUCCGCCUUCAUAAAGUCUCCUCCAACAAAUUUGAAGUAGCACACGCCUUUCCCGAGGAAGAUCGAGCCACAGAACUGCGUAACCUCGAUCUUCACCAUAAUAGCGUCCCAGUUCAACGCUCGCUCGGGGUAUCUUGGGAUCUACACAACGAUGUCUUUACCUUCCAAGUCGCUGAUGAGAAAAAGCCAUUCACCAGAAGAGGCGUCCUAUCUACUACUAACAGUCUAUAUGAUCCUCUUGGCAUCGCUGCUCCUGUGGUCAUUAAGGCUAAGAUGCUAUUAAGAACAAUGACGACAAGCCUCCAACGAAACCCACUGGACGUUUGGGACAAGCCUCUUCCGGAAGAAUAUCGACAACCGUGGGAAGUUUGGCGGAGGUCACUCACAGAACUGAGACAGGUUAUGCUGCCAAGGAGCUACACGGCAACAUCUCUCUCGGAAGCCAAGCAAAUUGAAGUCCACACGUUCAGCGAUGCCUCGCAAGAAGCUAUUGCGGCCGUUUCCUACCUAAGAAUAGUCCUGAACGACAACAAAAUCGAAGUCUCCUUCUUGAUCGGAAAAGCUAAACUCGCUCCGUCUCACGCAACCACGAUCCCUCGUCUAGAACUCUGCGCUGCAGUACUAGCGGUCGAAAUCACAGAGUUGGUCCUGGAAGAGUUGCCCAUUAAGGCUUCGUCAGUAACGUAUUAUUCGGACAGCAAAGUAAUACUGGGUUAUAUCCUAAACGAGACACGACGUUUCUACGUCUACGUCGCCAAUAGGGUACAACGAAUCAGAAAGUCUUCAUCACCGCAUCAAUGGAGAUACGUAGCGACAGAUCUUAACCCAGCUGACCUCGCCACCCGUUCGAUCAAGGCUAGUGAUCUCAGGGAUUCCAUAUGGCUGAACGGUCCAAAUUCCUGA